CAUGACGACAGAAAAAAGCGGGAUAUCGUUUUCAUUUAGUCAAAAACGCAAAACUAAUAACAUAGUCCAAUCUGCCAUACAUGAGGAAGAUACUGAACCUGUCGAAGAAGAAGAUUUUAUAACAAGAUUUGAAGGAAAUCAAGCAAAGAGUGUUAAGCCAAAAAAGAAGGAGGAACCACUAGUUAUCAAACUAAUUACUAAUAAUCGAUGGAGAUUUCCAAAAAAACCGGAAGAUCUAGAUUGUACAAAUGAAAAAGAUAAUGAUAAUAAUCAAUCAGAAGUAAAAGAGAAGCCAUCAGAGGAGACUAAAGAGAAAUCAUUAACUGAUAGGGCAAUCGAAGAGCUUCUUAAACAAAAUAGUAAAGAUGAAGAUAUAGCAAAAUCAAGCAUAUACUCAAUAGCACUGAAUAAAGUCCCAGAAGGUUUCGAAAGUGCAGAAGGACCAUUGAACGUAUCGCUACGACCAGAUGAGCCAGAGGAAGCAGAUUACAACAAAAUACCAAUAGAAGGCUUUGGAAUGGCCAUGAUCAGGGGAAUGGGAUGGAAUGAAAAUGUUGGAAUCGGUAAUAAGCCAAAAGUUGUAAAACCUGUUGAAGUUAAUCUUAGACCAAAAGGCAUGGGUUUGGGAGCUGAUAAAUCUCAAGUAACGCAGAAUAAGAAAAAUAAAAGAAUUAAAGAUGCUGAAGAAACGGAAGAGGAUUUAAAAUUAGUUAAAGGAGCGUAUUGUAUCUUAACAAGUGGAAAAUUUGAAGAUUAUUAUGGAAUUAUUGAAGCACUUGACGAAAAUAAUGGAAGGGCAAUUGUUAAAUUAGCACUAAGACCAGAAUCAGUAUCUGUUUCUCAAUAUCAUGUAGAUGCUGUAUCUUCUAAAGAAUACGAAAAAUACUCUAAAUACUUGAAUAAACGACAAGUCGAUAAAUAUAAAGAAAAAGAAAAGUCAACGAAAAGUGAUAGAUCUCGCGAAAGGAGCAGAAGUCCAAUUUCUAAAAUGUUGCAUCCGUCGAGUCGUAGUUCUGGAGAGAAGCGCGAUAAACAUCAAUCUAAAUCUAAAGAAUCUUCCAAGCAUUACUAUGAAGAGCGUUCAAAGAGAAAACCCUGGCUUAGAAAAUAUCUGCGUGUUCGCAUUGUAGAUAAAAACUUUAAAAAAGGAAAAUAUUUUAGGGAGAAAGUUGAAGUUCUCGAUAUGUUAAGUAAAGAGUCGUGCAUUUGUCGAACAGAAGAUGGUCUUGUAUUAGAAAAUGUAAAUCAAACACAAUUAGAAACUAUUAUGCCUAAAUCCAACGAUGCUUAUGUGAUGAUUGUUAUUGGCUCUAAUCAAGGAUCAUUAGGUCAAAUUUUAUCAAAAGACAAAAGGUCAUAUAAGGCAACCAUUCAACUGAUAUCAGAUAGAUCCCAAGUUCUUGAAAUGGAUUUUGAUGAUAUUUGCGAAUAUGUUGGCGAUAUCGAAGAGGAAUUUGAUUAUUGA